AUGCGAGCUCCCACACGACAGACAAACACGUACAGAGGCACGGUGCGAGCUCCCAAACGACAGACAAACACGUACAGAGGCACGGUGCGAGCUCCCAAACGACAGACAAAACACGUACAGAGGCACGGUGCAAGCUCCCAAACGACAGACAAACACGUAGAGAGGCACGGUGCAAGCUCCCACACGACAGACAAACACGUACAGAGGCACGGUGCGAGCUCCCAAACGACAGACAAACACGUACAGAGGCACGGUGCGAGCUCCCAAACGACAGACAAAACACGUACAGAGGCACGGUGCAAGCUCCCAAACGACAGACAAACACGUAGAGAGGCACGAUGCAAGCUCCCAAACGACAGACAAACACGUAUAGUGGCACGAUUCAAGCUCCCAAACGACAGACAAAACACGUACAGAGGCACGGUGCGAGCUCCAAAACGACAGACAAACACACAAACACGUAGAGAGGCACGGUGCAAGCUCCCAAACGACAGACAAACACGUAGAGAGGCACGGUGCAAGCUCCCAAACGACAGACAAACACGUAGAGAGGCACGGUGCCAGCUUCCAAACGACAGACAAACACGUAUAGAGGCACGGUGCCAGCUCCCAAACGACAGACAAACACGUAUAGAGGCACGGUGCCAGCUCCCAAACGACAGACAAACACGUAUAGAGGCACGGUGCCAGCUCCCAAACGACAGACAAACACGUAUAGAGGCACGGUGCCAGCUCCCAAACGACAGACAAACACGUAUAGAGGCACGGUGCCAGCUCCCAAACGACAGACAAACACGUAGAGAGGCACGGUGCGAGCUCCCAAACGACAGACAAACACGUAGAGAGGCACGGUGCGAGCUCCCACACGACAGACACACACGUAGAGAGGCACGGUGCGAGCUCCCAAACGACAGACAAACACGUAGAGAGGCACGGUGCGAGCUCCCACACGACAGACAAACACGUAUAGAGGCACGGUGCGAGCUCCCACACGACAGACAAACACGUAUAGAGGCACGGUGCGAGCUCCCACACGACAGACAAAAACGUAUAGAGGCACGAUGCGAGCUCCCACACGACAGACAAAAACGUAUAAAACAAUAG